AAACCCCUGAUUUCUCACGACGGAGAUUGUAUAGUUGACACUUGAUAGAACUAAACAUGGCGAUUGCUGCUCUCUUUCAGUGUUUUAUGCAUCAGUAAGAUGACUAGAAAGCACACCAGACCUCCAAUGGAGCUCGAUCUAGACGCCUUCUUGCAAUCACACGACACCACGGGCAGUGACGACGAUGAUCAGCACCACGGCAGCACCGUCGAUGAACUUCUCCUCAUCGACUCUGAUGACUCUUCUCCUUCGUCGUCUCCCCGAUCGUACCCUAUCUCGCAUGACGUAAGUAUCCCCCAAAGCAACACUAGUCCAGUUGAUGCCAAUUGCUCUGAUUCCUCGCGACUAACACCUCCCCAAUUAGUAAACGAUAGAGAUAGACAAUCAAAGUUUCGUUCAAUUAGUCAAAUAAAUUCAGGCGACACUUUCAGUGUUUCACGACAAUUGCCUCCGUUAUUCGGUGCCGUUAGGUCGAAUGCUAAGCCUGGGGCUGCCCUUGCAGCCGCUGCAGCAGCUUCGCGGUCGAUUCCGACCCCACAUGCGGCUGCCAUUAAAUUGCGAAGGGAGAAGUCUAGUAUGGAAAGCUUGGAUCCGAAGGCCAGUAUUGGUUCUGAAUUAUGCUAUGAAAGUGGCACAGGUUCAGAAGUUAGUCAUUCAGAUGCGAAAUUAUUCGAGGAAGAUCUUAAACUGGAGAAUUUAGAAACCGCGCCAGUAGAAUCCACUGGAAGUUUUGAAGUCAGUGGGGAAGUAAAUCCUGGAGAUGGAAGUAGGAAUGGGUGGAGAAUUACUGAUGAAGAUUUCCCAUGUGAGGAGAUGAAUAUAGAUAUGGCUAAAGCCUCAGAAGUGGAUAGUUUUGCACUUGAGUUUGGUGAUGAUACUCGUAGUUCUGCUGCUAAACCACAGAUUAGCUCUCCUUUGAAUAACGAGGAUGGGAUUAACAGUACCACGUCAGUUUUAGAUAUCAGUAGUAAUGAGCUCAUUGAAGGCAACCAUACGGAAUCUGCACAUAUUUCUACCUUAUCUAUCGCGGAAAUGUUCCCUUUUUCCCAUGAGCACGUGAAUGCUAAAGAGGUUGAGGUAUCAUCAGAAGGUACAAAACUCCAUGAAAAUAAUGUGGAAUUUGGCCUCCAAGCAGAAGGGGAUGACAUGCCAGCACAAAGUGAUGUUUCUGUUGGCAUGGACGGUAUUCUCCAUCAAGAAAAUGAAAAGAAUGAUGGAAGGACACAAGCAUUGAAGCCCCUUCAAUUUGCUGAGGAGCUUGAAAAGAAGCAUGCUUUUACUGGUUUGCAUUGGGAAGAAGGUGCAGCUGCUCAACCAAUGAAACUUGAGGGUGUUCACAGAGGAUCAACUGUGUUGGGAUACUUCAGUGUCAGUACUGAUAACACCAUCACCAGGACAAUUUCUUCUCCAGCAUUUAGGCGAGAUCAUGGAACCCCACAAGCACUAGCAGUUCAUCUUAACUACAUUGCAGUGGGAAUGUCGAGAGGGGUGAUUGUUGUUAUUCCCAGCAAAUACUCUCCACAUUAUGCUGAUAACAUGGAUGCCAAGAUGUUAAUGCUUGGAUUACAAGGUGAUAGAUCUUAUGCCCCAGUCACAUCCAUGUCCUUCAACCAGCAUGGAGACCUCCUUUUUGCAGGAUAUGCUGAUGGGCAUUACACUGUUUGGGAUGUCCAGAGGGCCUCUGCUGCAAAAACUGUCACUGAACAUAAAGCUCCAGUAGUACACAUGCUAUAUCUGGGGGUGGAUUCUCAAGUGGCUCGUCAUUUCAACAUAGUUAGUGGUGAUAGUAAAGGUGUGGUUAAGUUGAUUCGCUUUUCUUCAUCUUCAUUUUUCAAUAGGUUCUCAACUUCUAAAACCUUGACACUUCUUGAUGAAGCAACAAGCACGGUUGUUUGCGCUUCACCUCUGCUAUCAGAAGAAAGUUCUGGAGGUUCUUCCAGCAUUCCAGGAGACUCGACUUUAGGUGAAGAAGGUGUGGUCAUAUUUGUCACUCAUCAAUCUGCUCUAGUGGCAAAAGUCAUUUCCAACACCCCAGAAGUUUACGCUCAACUUCCUAGGCCUGAUGGGGUCCGCGAGGGUUCGAUGCCUUAUACUGCUUGGAAAUACAUAGCCCCUUCACGUGUUGUUUCAGAUAAUGUACAGCUAAAAGAAUCUGAAACUGCUCCACUCCUUGCAAUUGCUUGGGAUCACAACGUACAGGUUGCAAAAUUGGUCAAGUCAGAACUAAAAAUACAUGCAAAAUGGACCCUCGAGAGUUCAGCAAUUGGGGUAGCUUGGCUGGAUGAUCAGAUGUUAAUGGUGCUGACAUCAGCUGGACGGCUGUGUCUGUAUGCAAAUGACGGGAGUUUAAUACAUGACACAAGUUUUGAUGUUGAUGGAGGGAGAGGAGAUGAUGUGAUUGGACAUCACACCCAUUUCAGCAAUGUAGAAAAAGCUCAUCACAAUUGUAUAGCUGUGAGGGGGGCUUCUUUAUAUCUUCUUGGGCCCACACAUCUUGUGGUGUCCCGCCUUCUCCCAUGGAAAGAACGCAUAGAAGUUUUACGAAAAGGCGGUGACUGGAUGGGUGCUUUCAACAUGGCAAUGAUGUUGUAUGAUGGUCAAGCCCAUGGUGUGUUUGACCUUCCUAGAGCAUUGGAAGAUGUGCAAAAGACAAUAAUGCCCUACAUGGCUGAGUUGUUGUUAGCGUAUGUAGAUGUGGUUUUUUCUUAUAUAUCAGUGGCAUUAGGCAACCAAAAAGAAAAGAUGGAUUCGGAGGGUGAUAGUGUUUCUGUGAUAAAAGAGCAGUACACACGUGUUGGUGGUGUUGCAGUUGAAUUCUGUGUCCACAUCAACAGAACUGACAUCCUCUUUGACCAAAUUUUAUCCCGGUUUGAGUCUGUUCAACAAAAAGAGACAUUUUUGGAGCUUUUGGAGCCAUAUAUUUUGAAGGACAUGCUUGGAUCACUACCACCCGAGAUUAUGCAAGCACUAGUGGAACAUUAUAGCACAAAGGGCUGGCUACAGCGUGUUGAACAAUGUGUUCUCCACAUGGACAUAUCUUCCUUAGACUUCAAUCAGGUGGUGAGGUUAUGCCAGGAACACAAUUUAUACGGGGCCCUCAUAUAUUUGUUCAAUAAAGGUCUAGAUGAUUUCAGGACACCUUUAGAGGAGCUUCUACGGGUAUUUAGAAACAAUGAUAAUGAGAAUGCUCCAUCUCUUGGGUACAGGAUGCUAGUUUACUUGAAAUACUGCUUUUCAGGCCUUGCUUUUCCUCCAGGACAUGGGUCUCUUUCCCCUGCACGUUUGCCUUCUCUUAGAAUGGAGCUUAUAGACUUCUUACUAGAACAUUCUAAUGCUCCAAGCACAUGGGGGUUGACAAACUUAUCAUCAACAGAAGCGUAUAAGAAUCUCUAUCAUCUCCUAGAAUUGGACACUGAAGCAACAUUGGAUGUUUUGAGAUGUGCAUUUAUCGAUUCAACACCAAAGGAUUCUAGAUCUCAAAGUCAAGAUCUGAUUCAAAAGACUGUAGAUGUUCUUGCUCUUGUUAUCAAAACAGGCAAAGCUAUUAGCACAUGGCCUUCAAAGGAUGAUACAGGUCGUAUACUUGAGUUUAUUUCUCAUUUUGUGGCCUGUGGAGAGGCUAAAAUCUCAAAGGAAUUACUAGGUCAGAUAUUCGAGUAUUUGACAUUAGAUGCUAGCAUUCCGCCAAAUAUUGAAAGCAAAAAUAACGACAUCUGUAAAAAAAGAGAAAAAGAGGUCCUAGCACUUUUGGAAGUUGUCCCAGAGACAGAUUGGGAUGAUAGAUACUUGUCAGACAUGUGUGAAAAAGCUCACUUUUACCAGGUUUGUGGCUUCAUUCAUAACAGCAAACAUCAAUAUAUAGCUGCUAUUGAUAACUUUAUGAAAGAUGUGGAUGAGCCAAUUCAUGCUUUCUCCUAUAUCAGUAAUUUAUUGCAACAAAACAACGACAAGAGGCCUGAUUCUUUGGAGGCUGCAGUCAUUUCACGAAUCCCACAUUUAGUACAAUUAAGCAGAGAGGGGACAGUUUUUCUAGUUGUCCAACAUCUUUUUCAAGAAUUCCAACAAAUCUUACUGGACCUUAAGUCUCACCCGAAAAGUCUCUUCCUCUACCUUAAAACAGUUAUUGAAGUUCAUUCAAAGGGCACCCUCAACUUCAAUUCUCUAACAAAAGGUGAACCAAGGGUAGAGAAUCAGACUGACAGACUACAUGAUUUCUUAGAAAAAAUCUCCGACUUCCCAAAGUUUGUACGUGAAAAUCCAGUUCACAUAACUGAUGAAAUCACUGAGAUGUAUCUUGAGUUGCUAUGUGAGUAUGAACCCAAAUCUGUCCUGAAUUUCCUUGAGACAUGUGAAAGCUAUAGGGUAGACCAUUGUCUACGGUUGUGUCAAGAAUACAGGAUCAUAGAUGCUGCUGCUUUUUUAUUAGAAAGAGUUGGAGAUGUUGGAACUGCUCUUUCAUUCACACUUUCUGAUCUCAUGGACAAAUUUCACAUGCUUGAUGCUGUUGUUCAAAGUGUAUAUGAUUUCAAUGCAAUCAUGAAGAAGAAGGAGGUAAAUGACAUACUAUAUGUUGUGUAUACUUGUGUCGGACUGUGCCAAAGAAACAGCUCCCGGUUGGAUCCCAAUGAGUCUGAGGCCCUCUGGUUUCAAUUGCUUGACACAUUUUGUGAACCGUUAACAAAUCCAAAUCCAGGCGUAGGUGGAGAUAAGAAGGAUUGUGGAAGUAAGUCUAAGUGGAAGAUCAAAGGGUGUGAUGAAGGUGGUGACAUAUUGAGAAAAUUGUUUUCUAUUUUUAUUAAGGAGAUUGUUGAGGGAAUGAUAGGAUAUGUCCGGUUACCAACCGUCAUGAUGAAACUUCUCUCCGAUAACGGUCAUCAAGAAUUUGGUGAUUUUAAGGCUACUAUACUUGGAAUGCUUGGAACAUAUGAUUUCGAAAGAAAAAUUUUGGACACUGCAAAAUCUUUGAUUGAAGAGGAUACGUAUUAUACGAUGCGAUUACUUAAAAAGGGAGCUUCUCAUGGGCAUGGCCCACAAAGCCUUCUUUGUUGCAUAUGUAACUGUCUACUUACUAAAGACACUUCUGCCUCUGGAAUUCGAGUGUACAACUGUGGCCAUGCAAGCCAUUUGCAUUGUGCACCACCGGGGACAGGGUCACGUACAAGUGGAGGUGGUUGUCUCAUUUGUAUGCCAAAAAAUAAGGGGAUAAGGUCGUCUACUGAAGUUGGCUUAGUGAGUAGGCCUUUAUCUAAAAACAAGUCUUCGCAGGGGAUUGGUGGGGUCCAUCUACACCUACACCUACACGAGACCGAUCCACUUGAUCGUCAAAUAUCAAGGUAUGAGAUAUUGAGUAAUCUUCAUAAACAGAAAGAGAAGAGGACGAUGGUCCAAGUGGAUAACAUUCCACAGUUGAGACUUGCACCACCGGCUGUUUAUCAUGAAAAGGUGAAGAAAGGAGUUGGUAUGUUGAGAGUGGGAGAAAGCAGCGAUGGAAUUGGAAUUGGAAGUCAGAAAAAUACGCAAAUUAAAGAUCUCAAAAAAACUAAGGGAUCGGGUGUGCGCUUUCCCCUAAAAUCAAACAUAUUUGGUAAGGAAAAGACCAGCAGAAGGUGACAUGCGUAACUGCUGUUGCAUAAGUUAUAUCUAACAUAAACAUAAAGUCGAGCAAACAGGCAAUCUUACACAUAUGUUUCACCCCGGGAUAUUGAUUUUGUUGUAUAUCUUUUUUGUAGUCUUCAUUUGUAAAAGUGUGUCUAGUCUAAUGUAUACUGUAUAGAGCGUAGAGUUAAUGGAGGAGGCAUCUUUAGUUUCUUUGUUGUGGUGUGAAUUGUGAUUGACAUGUAUAAUAAUAUUAGAACUUAAUUCAGAUGGGACACGAUUAAACAAUUUUGCAUAUCCAC